AUGUCCCCACAAAAUAUGUCAUUGCGCGUUCCACUCAGUAAGAGCGGAAGCGGCGUGACUUCACCACCAUCUUCAACCUUUUCCACCCAAGAACUUUCAUCCCACCCAAGUCCGACUACCAACUACUCGUCCCCGCAAUCACCCACAUCGAUCAAACACAACAGUAGUGGUAGCACCACCACAAGUCUCCCAAAUCAAUUUUCAUACUACUCGGAGUUUCUUAACAAACCUCAAUUUAACCUUAUCUUGAUUAACUCGUCUAUAAAGUUAAUUCAAAUAUUAUAUGCUAAGAAUUCUGCUAGUGCAACUCGAGUUGUGGAACUGAAGUUAAGAUUCUUCAUCAUCGAAAUCUUGAGAAGAUCAAAGACUUCAACCCAAUCAUUACAAUUGGCUUGCUUCUAUCUUGCAAAGUUAAUUCAACUGGAAAAGAAAAUUGAAUUUUGCCCAAAGAAAUUAUUCUUAACUUUAAUAAUUUUAGCAAGCAAGUUUAAUCAAGAUCAUAACUAUUCCUUUAAGUCUUGGCUUAAGAUUUGUGGUGAAGGCGGCGACCUCUCCAUGAAGGAAUUGAAAAGUUUGGAAGUGGCAACUUUGUCACUCCUUGAUUACAAGUUAUACUUGAACAAUGUAAACUACGAAAAUUGGUGCAACAUCUUAAUGAUAUUCAGCUAUGAUUACAUUAAGUUACAAAAACUUGAUGUGAUCAGUGCUUCUGGAAAUCAACUUGAAUUCGAAACAUCUUCCAAUGAAGUAUCCUCAAAAUUAAGGAACUGGUGUAGAGUUUUUCAAGGUAUGGAUUUCAAAUUACUUGACCUGGUUGAUAUUCAGUUCAAGUCCUACUUUAAUAAUCAAGUUGGCAGCAAGAUUUUGAUCGAAGUGGAUCCUUUUCAAUCCACCCAAGUUCCUUCGUUAUUUUCGAAGAGAACUCAUGAAGAAGAUCAUUUCAUAGCUAAGAAGGUAAAGGUUUAA